AUGGCGUUUCCUCAACCCAAUGCGCAGAGAGAAUUAACGAACAGGAAGAUUUUAGAGGAACUUCAGCUUAAGAAGCAGAUGCUUCUAAAGCAAGGUGCUGUAGCUCCACUCACUGCAACAACUAUUUCCCUAACACAACCUAGUCCUGUUAGCCAGCUGCCUAUGUGUUCUAUUCCACCACUUUCUGCUACAGCGUUUACUUUUCAGGGAUUUCCACAGCUACCUGAAGCUAAUAUUACUCUUCUUUUGGAAAUCAGAUUCUUCCUGUGUUGCCAAGAUUUGAAAGCAAAUGACUAUAAUAUGUCUGCUCUAAUGAAAUUAAAAGUCCUGGAAGGUCAUUUAGGUACCUUGUCUGGAUUUUCAGAACCUAAAAUAGAACUUGAGCAGUAUGAGACACCACCACACAUAGCUGCUGUGGCCCUUUACACCAUGCAGACACAAUAUGAAGCUUUAGAAAAUAAACUAGUAUUAGAUGCUGGAUGCGGACCAGGAAUGCUAGCUCUCGGAGCUACACUCUUGGGAGCGGGUACAGUGAUUGCAAUGGACAUUGAUGAGAGUGCAUUAGAAGUUCUACAAGAAAACAUUGACGAUACAGAAGUCACUAAUAUUGAUCCAAUUCUAUGUGAUUUCCUUGGUUCUAAAGUUUUUAAAUGGGACAACUAUUUUGAUACAGUACUAAUGAAUCCACCAUUUGGCACUAAAAACAAUGCAGGCAUAGAUAUGAAGUUCCUCAGAAUGGGUUUAGAUGUGUCCUGUGAUAGUGUCUAUUCUUUACACAAAUCAUCUACAAGAUCUCAUAUACAAAAGAAAAUCAAAGAAUGGGACGUAAAGGGUAGUAUAAUAGCUGAGUUGCGCUACAACUUGCCAGCCACAUACAAGUUCCAUAAACAACAGACAAGGGAUAUAGCAGUGGAUUUAUGGAAGUUACACCAUCCACACUCA